CUGUACACGUGCGCUGUGAAAUCGUUAUUGUUAUUUUAUUUGGGAUAAUUUCCAUACCGUACCGUACUAAUAAUGAGUGACGACGAGGAGCACUACGAACCGAGGGCGCACAAGAAGCUGCUCCAGGCCAUUGGCAAUCUGGGCAAGGUUCAGCACAUCCAGAAGUCUACCCGUGAUGAGCUCCAGUCGCGCCAGGAUGAAUUCCAGCUGAUGAAAAGCGUGUCAUCCGCGGAAACAGAGCGUGCACCAAGGUCGGUGGGUCUCAAUGAUCUGGUGGAGAUUCUACGCACCUCCUCCAAGCACAAGGAUGCGGGUAAAAAGCUGAAGAACGUCCAGGGCAGCAGGAAGGUGCUGGCGAAGCCGCUCGAGAAACCGGCAGCGGAUCGCAUCAGGCGGACCAUUGGAUACGAGGGAGUGACCAAAAAGCUGGGUCGCUGGGAUGCUGUGGUGGCCCAACAGCGAUCGGCGGAAACGCAGAUCUUUCCCUUACCGUCUGAGACGAUUUAUGUGAACACCUCAGCGAAGGCUCGUCCCCUUAACACGCGAAUUAAAUCCGACCUUGCUAAGGAACUCGAGGCCAGCAAUAUUAAACUUCGUGAGCUGCGCAAAGCCCAAAUUGGCGACACUACGGAUGAGAAGGAGCUGGCCAAACAGGAGCGCCAGCUACUUCAGAAAAAGCUCACGCGGGAUGAGCUUUUCGCCCGUCGCAAGGAGCUCGCCUACUUGAAGAUGCGCGAGUCCCAAAAAUCUGCGAAGGCACGCAUGCAGAAUAAAAUCAAAUCCAAGAAGUUCCACAAGCUGCAGAAGCGUCAAAAGAUCUUGGAGCAGAUGAAGGAGUUCGAGUUGCUUCAAAAGACAAACCCGGAGGCUGCGCUGGAGAAACUGAAUGAGCUGGAAAAAAGUCGGGUGAAAGAGCGCGCCAGUUUGAGGCACAAGAACACUGGAACCUGGGCAAAGAAUCUGCAGGUACGGGCCAAAUACGAUAAGGAUGUGCGAAAGGAUCUGGCCGAGCAAUUGGCUGUUAGCAGGGAGUUAACCCAGAAAAAACAAGAAUCCGACAGCGAAGAUGAGGAAACCAGCAAGAAGAGAGUAGCUCCUGAGGAGGAGGAGAUCGACUACGAUCCUUUAAAUCCUUGGACAAAGCGAAAAACGGUCGAGAAUGCUGAAAACGGCAAGGCCGAAACUGAGGACUCCAAUUGGCGGCAAUAUUGGACAAAACGGAAUAGAAACGAAAAGUUAUUAGAGAAGCAUCGUAGGGACAUGGAAGAGCGGGAGGAAGAACAGGACACGAAAGAGCAGGAGCAGGAGGAGGAAGAAGAACAGGAAGCGGAGGAUAACGCUUCCAAAAAACCAUCCGCCAAAGCGAAGCCUAACAAGAAAAUUCUUAAGAAAUCAAAGGUUAAAAUAGAAAAUGCCAAGAAAAGCCUUAAGAAAUCAAAGGUUAAAAUAGAAAAUGGUUGGCAAGUUGAAGAGGUUGAACAAAUAAAACUCAACGGAGAUUCAAAAACGGGCUCAAUAGAUGAUAUUUUUGAGAAACACGAGGACCAACUGCGAGCCAAGCUAAGCAAGAAGUUGGAGAAACUAAAGCAACGUGUAGACAAACUAAAAGAUGCCCCCGUCAAAGGAAAGAAGACGAAAAAGAAGGACGCCUUAAAGAACCUCAAAAGUCUGGCUUUGAAAAAGACAAAACAACAGAUAGAAAUCGAUGAGCCCUUAAAUUACGAAAAGGAACAGGAGCCGCAGAAGAAAAUUCCAGCUCAAUUGGAAAGUAGUGCAGAAACUACAAAGAGCCCGCCUGUGGACACCAUCGAUCCCAACAAGGUGACAACUUUAGUGUUUACCCAAAAGAAGUCGAGCUCUAGUGGCAUUAAUGAUGCUUUGAUAGACGAUGAGGCAGCAGAGUACGAUGAAGCAGAUGCGGCAGCCGAGCGCCAGUUGACCAUUAGUCAGGCCUUCGAGGACGAUGACAUUAUUGCUGACUUUAAUCGCGACAAAACCAAGGACUCUGAGCUGAAGAACACAGAGCUGCAGCUAGCUCUGCCAGGAUGGGGUUCCUGGGCGGGCGCUGGAAUUUCCCAGGCGGUGAUGGAGCGUCGUAACAAGCGGCUCCUUCUCAAGCUGGCUGCCCCGGAAAAGCGACGUGACGACAACAAGGAUAACCUCUACCUAAACGAGUCGGCCAGCAAGCUGGCACGCGAGCAUAUGGUCUCUAGCAUCCCGUUUCCUUUCCGAUCCUUGGCAGACUACGAGGCCAGCAUCCGUGCGCCAAUCGGGAGGAACUUUGUACCGGAGACAGCCUUCCGUAUGCUGACCCGACCGGCGGUCAUCACGCGCAAGGGCCAGGUCAUCGCGCCCAUGACGGAGAGCGAGCUGGUCAAGCCGGACAGGCGUCUGCGUCACAUUGUUGACAGCAGGAUAAAACGCAUCCCGAAAGUGCCCUCCAAGGCGAAGAUAGCUAAGAACUAGAAAUAGAUAUACAAAUAAACUGAAAUCAAAUUAAAACAAACGCAAAGUGGCAUGUUAAGGUGCUCUAUCGACGGACAAGAUCUUUUCUAAAUUUAAUUC